UCAAGCGUCUCCACCGCGACAUGGCUAACAUGCUCGCGUGGGAAACGCCCCUUGCCGAUGAAAGCGGCAACAAAUCGCUGCUGUCGUGGUCAUCCCCCGGACCGUCGGAGGCGGAAGCGGCCGAACCGGCGGGAGCGAGUAGCGCAGGGGUGGUGAUCGCGCGCAUGACGAACCUCGCCGGGGACAGCGACUUCGACCUCUCGGACGACGACGACGCAAUCGCUCUGCUCAAGGACGACCUGCGGACCACCACGGAGCGGUUCUUCGAUCGCCUGCCCCAGCAGCAGCAGAAGGCGAGCCGCAGGGCGUCCGCGAUCGUGGCGACCGGCGCCAGCCCCGGCGGCGCCAGCGCCUCGGAGCGGUUCUUCGAUCGCCUGCCCCAGCAGCAGCAGAAGGCGGGCCGCAGAGCGUCCGCGAUCGUGCCGACCGGCGCCAGCCCCGGCGGCGCCAGCGUCCGCCGCAACAGCGGUAGCAGCACUGUUGGUGGCGUCGGCGGUCUCCGCCACCAGCAGUCGUGGAACGUCCUCACGGAGCUGGAGAAGGGGGUCGGCGGGCUGAUCCGGCGGCCCGCGGGGACAACGUCUGUGGGCCUGCGGUCUCCAGAAGGCGGCGGCGGCGGCGGCGGCGGCGGCGGCGGCGGCGGUGGCGGUGGGGGGGGCUUCACAGCGGAUGGAGGUGCGACGCUACCAUCCCCUGACGGAGGCGGGGACGGUGUCGGUUCUGCAUCCCCCAACGGACCGUCGUCACCGAGGAGGGGCAGGUAUGUUUUGCCGCGGCAACGCCGCCCGCCCCGGGACCCCAAGACAUCGGUGAAGGACUUCAAGGCUCGUUCCGACGAGGCGGCCAGGACGCUGGAGGCCCUGAAAGUUUUGAUCUUGCAAGAAAGGCUUCCAGCAGACGACGGCAAGGGUGAAGUGAGUAAUCAACAUGGAGGUCGGGAUGGCAAGCUUUGGCCCGUGGACGCGGGACAAGGAUCAGCGGCAGAUUCUUCUUCUUCUACUUCUCCACUUGCGGGCGGUGGUCAUGGUGGGGGCGGCAAUGACGGUGGUGGUCUGGCCGCGAAGCACAUCAAGCUGCUGGCGAAGGCCAUGGACGACCUCCAGCAGAUAAACACCGAGCUCAACGCCGAGCUGCGGGCGUCGAGGAGGAGGACGACCGGCGGGCGCGAUCCCCACCACCGCCACCACCGCCAUCAUCGGAGAUCAGCAAGCUCUGCGGCGUCGAUUUCGCAGCGACUCCAGCCGCAUGACCGACGCGCCUUCGGCCAGCGUUCCCCGAAGCGGCUGUCGCAGGCGUCGGGCCGAUCGGCGGCGUCGUCCGCGGGGGCGGCGGCGGCUGCAGCCGUUGGGCCGCUCGUCCGACAGGCGCGGUCCUCGUCCGACCUGCUGCGGCACCGGCGGUCGGAGGUGGGGCAGGCGGAGCCAAUGUCGUGCGGCGUGCCCAGGCACCGCGUGCAGCUGGGCAACGGGGGCGACAACAACGUUGUGUACUUCGAGCUGGCCAUCACCCAGGCGAGGUCCACCUGGACGCUGGAGCGAAAGAUGUCGGAGUUCGUCGAGCUGAGGGAGUCGCUCGUCGCCACCGCCACGGACCUCGCCGCGGAAGCGGCGGCGGCACAGCGGGAGCAGCAGAGAGCAGCAGUAGCGGCGGCGGGAGAAGGACCGGGGGGCUGGCAUUCUGCACCAGCCGGCGGCGGCGGCGGCGGCGGCAGGCGCGGUGGCAAGAGUAGCAAGAAAAACGACGGCAGAACGUUGGAAGAUGCGCGGCGCGACCAUCGCCGCAAGGCGGAGGCGAGGGUGCCACCGCUCCCCGUGUCUCCCAAGAGCUGGUUCGACUCUGGCAUCUGGUCUGUCAUGUACGCCAGGCGGCGGGAGGAGAAACUGACGGAGCUCAAGGUGCACCUGGCCUCCUGGCUCGCCACCAUCCUGGCGGACCGCGAGCUCGUGUCGCCGGAUCUCGUGAGCUUCCUGGGCGGGGACAGCGGGGGGAUGCGGGCCCACCCCGUCGUCGAGGACGUCCUCUCCGACUGCGACAGCCUGACCGGCGCCGAGCGGACUGAUCCGUGGUCGGACUCUGGCAGCUCCGGAGGCUCUGACGCCGACUCCGAGGACGAUGAGGGUGAUGACGAUGAGGACGACGACGACGAUGAGGACGACGACGACGACGACCUCGGCAGCGAUGAGCUCAACAGCCUUCGAGGGUCCCUCUGCGCCCCGGACGAGUGGGACGUGACCAAAAGCCGGAGCGGGAGUGGCGGUGAUUUGGGCCCCGGCGGGGGUAACGGCAGCGGUAACGGGAAAGGCUCGAGCGUCAGCUCGCGCGAUCGGCUAGAGAAAGCCAUGGUCACGCGGCUCUCUGUCCAGGCUCGAAGCGGAGAAGCAGGGGCCGCGAGAGGCAUCACCAGCUUUUUUGGGAUCGUGGCAUCGGGACAAGGAGGAGAGGUUGCGGCCUACGGUUGCGAAGACGAGGAGGAAGAGGAGGAGGAGGAGGAGGAGGAAGAGGAGGAGAUACAGGACCCGGGCCUCACGAGCACCAUAUCGGCACCCAUGGAGACUCCUCGACAACCGCGGGCUUCGUCGCCCUCUUCCCCAACACGCCGUGUAACGCUGGAUGCCUUUUUCCGACCCCCGACGUAAAUUAUACAUUGUUGUAUGUGUGGUGCAACGUUCUUGGUUCGGUUAGUGUAUCAGUCGGUGUGGGAAGACCCCGCAUCUCGACGCCGUCGUCCCACUCUCCAAGACUGGAAACUGUUGGCCCCGAUUUCUUGUGUGCGCAGAAUGGUGGUGGGUGCGUGCCGUGUUGUUGGUUCCGGUGCGGUGCGAUUUUUUCGUUUGACUUAUUUUGGUCGACGUUCGUUUUUGUCCUUGUGCUUUC